AAGCCUAUACCUGCUAUUUUGAGUGCUGCUCUGUAGUAUUGAUAGCACGUACUCAGCCUAGACUCAUAAUAGUCACCAGUAGUCGGCCAUUUUAACAGGUUUUAGCUGACACAGCAUGGAUUUCUUCUUCCUACCGUCUUGGCUAGUUGUCGUGUUGGUUGUAGCCGUUCUGACCAUCAUUUACCUACACUACAGCAGGGAUAACAGGCGCAAGUUUGGCCUCCCAGGACCAACUCCUUUACCCCUGCUGGGGCACAUGGUGGACUUGAUGAAAAACGGUGUUAGUGAAUUCGACCGAAAUGUCACACAGUCAUAUGGCAAAGUUACCGCGCUCUCGUCCGGUAUUUUUGGGAACAUUUUGGGCGAUAUUAUGAUCACAGAUCCGGACAUGUUAAAGGAGGUGAUGGUAAAGCAAGCAAGCAUCUUCACGGAUCGAAAUCUAAACUCGGAUACGCAAAUGAAGCCGUUUGAUAAGUCAGUCUUUGCUGUCAAGGGUGAAGAAUGGAAACAGAUGCGAAGUACGCUGACUCCAACCUUCAGCUCCGGGCGGCUCCGACGCAUGGAGGACAUCAUCCUUAGGUGCGCCAACACCUUGGUAGAAAACUUGAAGAAGAAAGCUAAAGCUGGAGAAAGUUUUGACAACAAAAUCUGGGGUCGCUUCACAAUGGACGUGAUAUGUGCUACAGCGUUUGGAAUCGAGGUUGAUUCAUUGAACAAUCCUAACCACCCGUUUGUGAAAAAUGCUGAAAUUGCUACUCAUUUCAGUAUUACGGAUCCAUUUAUAUUCCUCAUCUUGUUUUUCCCACGUUUGAUGAAAAAAAUGGAACCCAUACUCCGGCAUGUGCCUGGAUUUCGUGGGUUAUUGGGGUCAUUCCGAUAUUUUGGAGAAGUUACUAAAGACAUACUGGAAAAAAGAUCAGAAGCACCAGAAGGCCACUACAACGAUUUUAUGCAGUUGAUGCUCACUGCUCACACCUUGUCGACCUCGGAGCUGAGUGAUGACGAAAAGGAGGUUCAAAAAUGGAAGAAAAAAGCACUGACGACGGAAGAAAUUGCAGGCAACGGGCUGCUAUUCUUUAUUGCAGGCUAUGGGACUGCAAAUGACACCUUAGGGUAUACAUCGUAUCUCCUAGCGACCCACCCAGAGGUGCAGCAACGACUCUUAGAGGAGAUAGAUGAUGUUCUUCAAGGUGCCGAACCCACAUAUGACAACGUGUCCAAGCUUACGUAUCUGGAGCAGGUCAUAAACGAGUCAAUGCGACUGUAUCCCGUUGGCCUUCGUCAAGACCGUGUGCCCACCCGAGACACCACUGUAAACGGCCUUUUCAUUCCCAAAGGAACAGUCGUUAUAAUCCCGAUCUAUGCUAUUCAUAUGGAUCCUGAAAAGUAUCCAGACCCUGAGAAAUUCGAUCCGGAACGAUUCACACCAGAAGCUAAAGCAAAACGCAACCCUUUCUGCUACCUGCCGUUUGGUAUGGGGCCCCGCAGCUGUAUUGGUAUGCGCCUGGCCUUGCUCGAGAUGAAGAUUAUCCUUGUGAAGGUCCUGCAGAACUUCACGUUGAAGACAUGCGCGGAGACACAGAUUCCUCUGGUUCUCUCUAAAUCAGAUGCGAUGAGACCCGAAAAACCAAUCAUGUUGAAAGUUGAGGAGAGAAAUAUGUAAACUAAAUACUUAUAUUUUUAGUAUCUUAAUAGUAUCACGUUUUGUUAUCAACAUUUUUAUUUCCCGAAAUUGUGUACAAGUGUUUACUUUGAUAUCAUGUUUCUGAAUUAAUUUACCGCCAGUAUAUAUGUUCUUUUCUUACAUGUACAUAUUUCUGACUGAGAGAUCUAGGGUCUCUUAAGAUAGCACGGACAAUCCAGCUAUUGGUCGGUGCGACUGACCAAAUUAUCUCUGAUGACAAUACAAAGGUAUAAAAUACAUAUUCUCCAUAUAUAAUCGGACUAAUUUACAGAAAGAAGCACAUAAAUCAUUAAGUGAUUCCUUCAACAAGCGAUUUUGAUCCCUAUUAAGAAUAUUUACUACAAAUCUUUACCACAAUAAAACUGAAGCUGAUUGUAACUUUAACUAUGCGAAGGAGUCGUAAAUAAAGUCACUCGAUUUUUUUUACAACUGAAA